AUGGCAACCAGAUCUCGCCCACGCCCAAUUCCAGUCUCUAUCUCUGCAAAUGCACCACCUGUCCCAAAGCUUUCGCAACAAUCAGCAGCAAAGUUUUCUCGCGAGCUGGUCUCAAAACUUUCACUCACGCCGGCGCCGUCUGUGUCGGACAUGACUGCAUCCUCAUCUUCGUCAUCUCUUGGCCAAAAUGUACCGCCCUUACCGUUGCUCAAGCGAAAGCUUGUUCCUUCCUCAAAAGAGCCCAGAAACGCUCAGGCCUCGAUUCCCAAAGUUGCUUCAAACAACACCACUACCGUCAACUCAGGUUCCAAGAUAUCGCCCAAGGCCAAUAAGGAUGCCCUUGAGGAAGAAGAGCGCCGAUCAUACCUUAGGCGUAUUCGAGAACUUGAGCAGUGGAAGGAGGAACGACUGGCUGUUGAGGCGAAGGAGAAGAUAGUCCCAAUUGAGCGUCCUGAAGGGCAGGCCCGCCGUAAGUGGGACAUUGGUGAAGCUAUGGAGCUUCCUGGAGGUAGUAAAGACGUGCAGUACCGAAGCAUGAUGAAUAAACUCGCUAUUCUCCAGGACAAGUACAAGAUUCCGAGAGGUGCCUCGUUGGCACGUGGCGCAUAUGUCACAGAAGUUGCAGGCAUCUUCACUGACAUGCGCGAGGCCUUUCCGUAUCUCUGCGAGCAACGCUUCCGUGAUGGUUGGCCCAUAUACGACAUGCUCCAAUGCAAACUCCAGGACCAGCGCCAGUACGAUAAUCAGCGAGAACGUCGCCUAGCAAGUCAGCAGCGUCGGAGGGAGAGGGCCCGGGCAGCGUUGGCAAAGGAGGAUAAGAAGAGGGAAAAGAAGGAAAAGAAGGCGAAAGAGAAAAGGCGAGCAUCCCCAUCUCCUCCAAUCGAUGACUCAGACUCUAGUGGCAGCACACCACCAUCUUCCCCGUCAGCACCUUCCAAUGAAAGCCCUAUGGCUGAGCCGACGACUCCAGCACUCGAUGCAGAUGUCAAUUCAGUGGGAGCAGAGGUCGCCCCAGAGGAUGACUCGGAGGUGGACCCUGACGAAGCUGAUAAAUUUCUCCUUUCAAUCCUUGCGCAGCUGGGACCCGUCCUAGGCCUACACUUCCUCGACACGAUUCCUCACCCUAACUUCGACUUCACUUACUCGACCUGGCCCCAGUAUGACGACGAAUCCAAGGCAUUCUGGGAGGAAAAGGACGACGAAAUCCACGAGCAGCUUUCCGAUGCAACCUGUACCUCAGAUCCUCAAUGGUGGCUUCAGGUGAUUAGCGAGCGCAUUGUCGAAGACAGCGACUUUGAAGCAUUUUGGCCAGUUUUCUACACCAAGUACUUGGAGCUUGAAGUUGAUCCUCGCGACGAGAUAUCCGAGCCCAAACGCGCUGAUUCACCUUUAGACCUCGGACAGCUCUCGGAUGUUCCGUCGAAUCCCUCCCCAAAGCCAAAGAAGGCGCCCAAGGCCAAGGCCAAGGGUAAAGCUGUAAACGUGAAGUUGGAAAAGAUUGUUCUACCUAGUCGAAUGGGCUCCUCGGAUUCGUCGACAUCCCCCAAGCGAAAUAAGGACACCAAGGGAAAGGGUAAAGCGACUCACAUGAUAACAGAAAAGCUGUCUCAACCUACCCGGGUGAAUCCCAAGCGUAACACCAAGCCUUAA